CAUUAAAAUAUUAUCAAGGGUAUAAGCAAAACUUCCUCCUUUGGAACCUUAAUUUUGAGGGCUGUGUUCCCAGGGGAACCUCUGGCUUCCUACCUGUAAUCAGGUCCCCAGGUCUCUGAAGCCAGAAUAAAACUGCUCAGUGCCCCGGCCCCACCUGGCACCAGUCACAGGCAAGAACACAGUCUCCCUCCUGCCAGCUGGGAUCAGAGCCUCGGGGCAGAGCCUCCCACAGCUCUCAGGUUCUGCAGCUCAGGGAGAAUUCUAAGGCCACCCCAGCCCUGGUCCUCCAGACAGGACAGAGACCAGAUGGAUCUGCUAUCAGUCCCUUCUUCUGUGUGGGCGGUACAACCAGUUAGUUCUCUGAACAACUGAGAAGGGUCAGACCCAAAGGAACAUCAGGCUGAAGGAGCGUGAGUGACUGGAUCUGGAAUGACCUUUCUCUGUCGUCAACCUCGGGUAGGAAAGGCUUGGAGAAAGGUCCCCCCACCUUUGCACUCUGUCUCACUUGACUGUGAGGUGACACCCCAGGCACAGCUGGGCUGCCUCAGCCUGUGAGGGGGCUUUCUCCAGAGACUGGGCCCAUUCUGGGUGACCUUGAGCAGAAAGCAGAGUCAGAAGGACACAGUAAAUGGACCAGAGUGAAGAUCUGGGAGACUCUUGAGCUCCUCCUUGGGCAGCAUCUGCUCCCACUGCACAGACCCAGAGGCUACUCCAGGGUGUGGUGAGAGCAGGCCCAGGGCUUCCAGAAACCCUCUCUGCUGACGUCCACUGCCUGCCUGUUUGGGUCUAAUUCUCAAGAAUAGGGAGGGGACAGGGGCAGCCUUCUCUCUCUCUGUCUCCCUCUCUCUCUCUCUCUCUUUCCCUCUCUGUCUCUCUCUCUCUCAGUGACCCUUUUCCUUUGUUCCCACAGAGUGCCCUAAAUGAGAAUGGUAGGUGAGAACUCCUCUGUGGCAGAGUUUAUCCUCGCAGGCUUAACGGACCAGCCGGGACUCCAGCUGCCCCUCUUCUUCCUGUUUCUGGGCUUCUACAUGGUCACUGUGCUGGGGAACCUGGGCUUGAUAACACUGAUUGGGCUGAACUCUCACCUGCACACCCCCAUGUACUUUUUUCUCUUCAACUUGUCCUUCAUAGAUUUCUUCUAUUCCACUGUUAUCACCCCCAAGAUGCUGUUGGGUUUUGUCUCUAAGAAGAACACCAUCUCCUACACAGGUUGUAUGACUCAGCUCUUCUUCUUUGUUUUUUUUGUUGUCUCUGAGUGCUUUAUCCUGUCAGCAAUGGCAUAUGACCGCUAUGUGGCCAUCUGUCACCCACUGGUAUACACAGCCACCAUGUCUCCCCUGGUCUGCUUGUGUCUCCUCUUGGGUGUCUAUGGAAUGGGGUUUUUUGGGGCUGUGGUCCACACAGUGUGCAUGGUCAGACUGACCUUCUGUGACAACCACCUGGUUGACCACUACAUGUGUGAGAUCCUGCCCCUUCUUGAGCUCUCUUGCACUAGCACACAUGUGAAUGUGCUGGUGGUUUUCGUGGUUGUGGGCAUCAAUGUUGGUGUGCCCGCUGUUACCAUCUUCAUUUCUUAUGCCCUCAUCCUCUCCAGCAUUCUCCACAUUCGUUCCACUGAGGGUAGGUUCAAAGCCUUCAGCACCUGUGGCUCCCACAUUACUGCGGUUUCUCUUUUCUUUGGAUCAGGAGCAUUCAUGUAUCUCAAGCCAUCUUCUCUUCUACCCAUGAGCCAGGAGAAAGUGUCCUCCUUGUUCUACACCACUGUGGUGCCCAUGCUGAACCCGUUAAUCUACAGCCUGAGGAACAGGGAUGUCCAAGCUGCUCUGCAGAGAACCUUGAGCAGAAUGUGGUUCUAUUGGAGGAAGGGGAAAUCUUAG